CCCACGCCUGCCCCACUCGGUUUACGCGUAUAAGCAUACCAGUCAUGAGUGCGGUUGGUGGAUGAAAAUUUCGAUUUAUGUUUUUCCUUGAGGUUGAACCCUCGUGGCUUGACAUAAUAUCCAGCAUGCUUGGCCAAGUCUUCGAAGAUGCUGAUGCUUGAUGUUUUGGGCAGGACAAGAUCGUGUUGCGCUACAGGACUGUCAAGGUCAAACACGGCGGGAGUACCACAAACGUUUUUGUUUUUCACUUGUAUCCUUUUCCUUGCACCUGACUUUUGGCAGGGGUCCGGGCCCGAGCCCUUCCCCUUGGAGGGCCCCGGAUUCUCAGGGUACUUGGACAACUGUUAUGUGCUCAUUGGAGUUUGCUGCUCAGAUAUUCUACACCCACGAAUCCAUGUUUGUAACUUGGUCCUUCAACCUUACAACAUGGCCCUAUUCGACAAGAUCGAGUCUCAUGAAAUCAUUGAUAUAGUUUGGAUUUACAAUUAUAUAUAUAUAUGUUUAGGAUAAAAUAUUCUCACAAAUGCAACCCCGUCUUUGCAAACCCCCCUUUUUUUGCUCUCCUUCCCUCAGCAGCGCAACCAUCUUCAGACGUGGACUCUUUGCACCAGGAUGUACACUGGCAUCACCAAGUGUUUCAAGUUCGAAGAAGGGUUGCAGAAACUCUUCCGCGGAUCGAGCCUGAAAGAACGCCAGGAGGCACGGAAGGUUGCAGAAGAGGCUGCGGCCGCUGAGUUGAGGCGGCUCUUUCCCGAGCUGUUGCUGCCCGACAGGCCGAGGAAGUCGCAGACCACGCUGGCGCUGCACUUUCGACCCUUAGGUGGCCCGCCGCUUUGCGUGACGAGCGCGGCUGAGUUGCGAGAGGCGAACCGACGUGACAGUGAGCAGAAGGAGCGAAAGACAGGAGCGAAAGAGAGGGUCCGGCCCUGUCGGCUCAGGAUCUCAGGGACAAGGUCGAUCGCCCUUCCAAUGUCUACAUCAUCAGUGACGGCGAGUCCAGCGACAGCGAGUCCGGGUGGCGAGGCUUGGCCGAGAAUCGGUCCUUGGAGUCGGCGAUUUCAGGAGCCCAAUCAGGCGACGAGGAUCGCGCGCUGCGCAAAGCCUUUGAGGAGUCGCGCAAGUCCUUGGAGUUCCUUGAAAGGGAGGUCAACGGACCAGUUGCAGAUCCCUUGGAAGAGGCCAUGGCGAGAUCCCUCUUGGAGCAGAGCUCGGAUCGCGACCUCAACCAGGCGCUGCUGGCGUCGGCCUGCGCUGCCCAGGUCGAUGACGUUUUGGCUCGGCUGCUGGACAUGGGCUUCGAGCUGCCUGUGGCCCAAGACGCCGCGGCCACCGGAGAUUUGGAAGCUGCCUUGGCCAAGCUCUGUGAUGCUGCAUGACCCCGGCCACGAAGCAAAGGGCGAAGUGGCGGGACGAGGGGUCGACCUGACCGACCCGAUCGAGAACCUCCACAUUGAGCGAGCUCCGGCGCCAUGACCGCGCUCGACGCGCGAGUCGAGCGGUGAAGCGGGUGAAGUCGAGCGGCGCGUUGACUUCGAGGGCGGUCUCAGAAGUUCUGCGUGGAGCCGAGCG